GGGAGGGACCGGAUAAACCGGAGCGGCGGCGGCGGCGGGAGGGACCCGAGCUCCGGCGGGCACCGAGCGGCCGCGGGCCCGGCCCGAGCCACCGCGAGAGCGCUCCGGCCUGCGGGAUCAGUGAGGCCGCGGCCCGGCCUAGGGACCUAUAGAGCCCCUAACCCCGGCCUGGGGACCCACAGAGCCCCAUAGAGCCCCCAGGCCCGGCCUAGGGACCCACAGAGCCCCAUAGAGCCCCCAGGCUUGGCCUAAGGGACCCAUAAAGCCCCAUAGGGACCCUUAAGGACCCAUAAAGCCCCAUAGGGACCCAUAAGGACCCAUAGAGCCCCCAAGCUUGGCCUAAGGGACCCAUAGAGCCCCAUAGGGACCCAUAAGAACCCACAGGGACCCCAAGCCUGGCCUAGGGCCCCAUAGAGCCCCCCAGAGCCCCCCAGGGACGCCCGCGGGCCGCAGUGCUCGGUGCCGGCCGCGCCAUGGAGGGGGUGCACGUGGCGGGGCUGCGCUUCGCGGCGCUGCUGCAGUCGGGGCCACCGUGGCUGGAGCCCGCCUGGGUGGCGCUGAGCUCCGCGGCCGACCCCCGGCACCUCUUCACCGCCGCCUUCCCGCUGUGCUGGUGGCUGGGCCCGGCGCCGGGUGCGGCGCUGCUGUGGGGCGCGCUCGUGGCCGAGUGGCUCAACGUGGUGCUCAAGUGGCUCCUCUUCGGAGAACGGCCCUUCUGGUGGGUCCAUGAGUCGGGAAUGGCCGCGCGGGAGCCGCUGGGGCUGCGGCAGUUCCCUGUGACCUGCGAGACCGGCCCGGGGAGCCCCUCGGGGCACUGCAUGGUCACCGGCGCCGCGCUGUGGCCUCUCGUCUCCGCGCUGAGCUCGCUCGUGUCCGCCCGCUCCGGGAGCCCGGUGCUGAGGAUCAUCCCCUUCGCUGCCUACAUCCUGCUGAUGGUGGCCGUGGGGCUCUCGAGGGUCUUCGUCCUGGCCCACUUCCCCCAUCAGGUGGUCGCCGGCAUCUUGGCAGGGGCAGUGCUGGGCUGGGGGCUGCAGGGCCGCACCCCGGGGUCCCCCCGCGCCUUCGCCUGCGCCGCGCUGGUGCUGCCGCUCAGCGCCCUCAUCCUGCGCUGGGUCCUGCGCGCCGCCGGCCUCGACAUCGACUGGUGUGGGUCCCCGCCCCGUAGCUGUGUCCCCGCCCCAUGGCUGUGUCCCCGCCCCACGGCCGCUGUCCCCCGCAGGUCGCUCCGCCUGGCCGCGCAGUGGUGCUCCAGCGCCGCUUGGCUCCGCCGCGACUCGCGGCCCUUGGCCUCGCUGUGGCGGGACGCGGGCAGCGCGCUGGGGCUGGCGCUGGCGGCCGCGAGUCCCGCCCCGCGCCUGGGCCCGUGGCAGCGCCUCGCCGGGGCCGCCGCGGCCGUGGCCGCCGUGCAGGGGCUGCACCGGCUGCGGGAGCCGCAGGACGCCACCCUCUGGUACGGGAGCAGCGCGCUGCGGUACGCGGCGGGGCCCUGGAUCGUGGCCUCGCUGCUGCCGCGGCUGCUCGCGGCGCUCGGCCGCGUGGGGGGCGCCCCGCACCGCGAGUAGCGCCCCCCAGCGCGGGGCCAGACCCCAGCACCUUCCACCCCCCGUUCGCCCCCCAGCGCUCCCCAGUCUGUGCCGCUGCAGCAACCGGGGGGGUCACCCCGUUUCUAACCAAAUAAAGGCUGUUACCAACCGCC